CUUGAAAAACCUAAAGUGUUGGUGGAAAACGUGAAUAAAAAUGAAAUUUAACGAUCGUGAAUUAAUUUCUGUGAGUUUACAACCAGAUUCAACUAUUGAAGGACGAUUAUGCCAUCAAAAACCUCAAGGAAAAGAUUGGUCCGAUUGGAUGAGUCAAUCGACAGCGUUCAAAGAUCGAUGGUUUAAGUUAAAAUGUAAUUUUCUAUUUUAUUAUCGAAUUAACGAAUCAGAAAAUAUCGAUUACGAACAACCAUUGGGUGUAUUUAUCUUGGAAACAGCAACGAUACAAUAUGAAAAUUUACGAAAAGUACCAUUUGGUUUUUCAAUUAGUUUUCGUGAUGAACCUGAUAAAAAGCACGUGUUCUCAUGUCGAUCCGAAGAAGAUGUGAAUCGAUGGGUAGCUGCAUUAAAGGCAUCAAGUUACGAAUAUUUGCGUACACAGUUAAUUAUUAUCGAAAAGAAAUUAUCGAUGCGAAAAGGCGAAGAAAAUGUAAAUAAAACAGCUCUUGGUGCAGCAAAACAAUUAGAUUGGUACAAGAAAUCGAAAGGGUUUACAUGUCAUAUUGAGGAAUGUCCGAAAUUGAAUCCACAUCGAAUAGCACCAAGUCCACCAAUUAAUAAAAUGUCGAGAGAAGUGAAUUUAAUUGAAUUUUAAAUUAUUGACUGUAAAUACGUCGCAAGUGUAUUACGAAAGGGGAUCACGGUUUAAUGUCUCCAUGGUUAUUUUUGAGGAAAGAAAUGGUUGUCCAUUUGCCUGGAAUAGUUUUCAUUUAGAAAAAAUGUUACUAGUAAAAUAAAAAUUCCAAACUAUAAUGAAAAGGAGUUGAUUCUGUAGAGGAGUCAGAGAAUUUCAUUUGGAAAAGCAGUGGCAACCAUGAUCAGGUGGUCCCAGGGGCAAUUCAUGGAGACUACACAAGGAGAUUUAACUCAAACGGAAGAAUUGGAAAAGUAUGAAAAACUUUGUCAACGUAAUGGUAGAAAUGUUUUGAGUGUUACUUUUAGACCGAAGUGCAUUGCACGAAAUAAAUACGAACACAUACGAAAUGUCCAUAGAAAAGCAGGAAUUAAAGAUUGCUGUAGCAAA